UUAGCUGUGAUUUGGUCACAGCUAAUCACAUGACAUGUGCAUGUGAUUAGCUGUGACCAUUCACAGCUAGGCACUAGUAUACAAUGGAUGGCAUCAUGAAUGAAGCCAUCCAUUGUAUACAACUGUCAUGUGACCUGCUGUGAUUGGUCACAGCAGGUCACAUGGCACCAGCAACGGGAGCCGGUACUCGGAUCUGUCAUCGGCCGUGUCCGAGAGGUCCCGCACAGCGAUCACACCGGAUCGCAAUGCCAUGCACUCCCAGGGAGCACGCACAGGCAGUGAAUGUGGGGGCCAUUUAUAA